AUGUCUAUACUCGAAAAGGUCUUGUCUCCCAGUUGGUACGCCAACUCUGUGGCCAACUCAAGGGUUGCCAUGUACAACUACUAUCAUCCCUUGAUGAAGGCUGGAAGCUCCAAACCCUUCUGGCACUUGAUGCUCUUCACCUCGGUUGCCAUGUAUUCCACAUCCUACAUGGCUCGGGACUACCAGCGCAUCAAGCAGAAGUUGAUCAACCAAGAAAAGGCUGUCCACGAGUACAACGAAAAACACGGAAUCGUGGAAGAGCAUUAG